AUGCAGGACCAGAUUGAUGGGUUGAUGAAACACAUCAAGGCACAAACUCCUGCCAUGGUAGAAGAGUUGGUGCAGAAUACGGAUUCACCCUUCACAUCUGAGGUCAUGGGGCUGCCACUCCCCAGGAAAUUCAAAAUGCCUCAAUUGGAGACAUUCAAUGGUUCCACGGAUCCAUUGGAUCAUCUAGAAACAUAUAAAUCCCUAAUGCAUCUACAAGCAGUACCAGAUGAGGUAAUGUGUCGUGCAUUCCCUGUUACCCUCAAAGGAACAACGCACCUCUUGACAGUAAAGCAGGGGAGAUGGGAGUUGUUAAAGGAAUAUACUACCAGGUUUAACAAAGAGGUGGUUCGGAUAGAGGAAGCCGACGACAGCGUGAGCAUAACUGCGAAUAUAGCUAGACUGUAUUCAGGACAGUUUUUAUACCUUCUAUCUCUAGAACCACCCAAGACCCUGGCAGAACUUAUGCUUAGAGCACAGAAGCACAUGAAUGCAGAGGAAGCCGUCUACGCAAGGCGUUCCCGUGAUAGUUUUGAUCCCCAUGCAGGACCAUCACAGGUUGGCAAAUUUCCCCCAUCUGAUAGGAAAAGAAGAGAAUCCUCCCGCAAGACGGGAGGGGAACCAAAAAAUAAAAAGAUGGACUCCAAAUCCUCCCUAAAACGAGGAGGAGGACAGCCCCAAGGCAAAUACAAGCAGUUUACACCACUCAUUGCCACGGCAGAACAAAUCCUCAGCAACUUACAAAAUGAUCCGGACCUCAAAUGGCCCGGAAAGCUAAGGACUGAUCCUAACAGGAGAGCUAAAGACAAAUACUGCAGGUUCCACAAAGACCAUGGUCACAACACGGAUGACUACACUGACUUAAAGCAGCAGAUCGAGGAACUGAUCCAAAGAGGCAGACUUCAACGUUUCGUAACAAAGAAGUAUCAGAAGAUAUCCAUGAGGGAUGAUACAAACAAGGAAGGAAAAGAAGCCACGGCUCCCCGAUCAGGUCCCAUUGGAGAGAUCAAAGUCAUCCAUGGAGGAUUUGCUGGAGGUGGAGAGUCUAGCAAUGCCAGGAAAGCUCACCUCAGGAAACUGAGAACGGAGGAAUAUUUGGAGGUCAACACAGUUGGCCGUCCAAGUAAAUUCCAAAAGAAAGAGGAAAUACCCAUCAUUUUCUCAGAAGAAGACAUUAAGGGAACUCAAGUUCCUCAUGAUGGCCCUCUGGUUAUAACCAUUGUCGUGGCCAACUACCUCACGAGAAGAGUAUUGAUAGACAGUGGAAGCUCGGCCGAUAUUCUCUACCUCCAUGCAUAUGAUCAACUAAAAGUUGGACGAGAAAGAUUAAGGCCUUUAAUAUCACCGCUGGUUGGAUUUGCAGGUACGCCCGUCUAUCCAGCUGGUCAAAUAGCCCUACCAGUUACAAUAGGGGAUGAAGGAAGUCAAAUUACGUGA